GUGUGUUUAUAUUAAUCUAAUUAUUUUUGCAGUCUGCACAUUUUGUGUCUGUUAGUAUAAAAACACCUGUCUUGGAUUUUCAAGAAGCUCCCUAGUGAUGAUUUGAUGAAUUUUUCCUUAUCUUUUUCAUCCCAAUGUCCGCACUAAUCGCUGUCAUGGAAUCGUUUGGGUCUUCGGUCACCGAGUCUACCGACAUCACCACACCGGACGAUCCGUUCUCGGGUCCCCUCAAGUCUGUUGCGCCCUGGAAUUACACUUUCCUCGCCUGUCUGAUGUUCAUAGUGACUUCACUGUCUAUAACAGAGAACUUCGCCGUUAUGCUUGUGACCUUUAGAUUCAAACAGUUAAGGAAACCGUUGAAUUACAUCGUUGUUAAUUUAUCUGUUGCUGAUUUUCUAGUUUCGCUGACAGGAGGCACUAUAAGUUUUCUAACUAAUGCACGAGGUUACUUCUUCCUGGGCGUCUGGGCGUGUGUGCUGGAGGGAUUCGCUGUCACUUUUUUCGGAAUUGUGGCUUUGUGGUCUUUAGCAAUCUUGGCAUUUGAGCGUUAUUUUGUGAUCUGUCGUCCUCUGAAAAAUGUCCGGCUGGGAGUCAAGCAUGCAGCUAUGGGUCUUGUUUUCGUUUGGACCUUCUCCUUCAUCUGGACAAUCCCGCCAGUUUUUGGCUGGAGCAGUUAUACAGUCAGCAAAAUUGGUACCACCUGUGAACCCAACUGGUACUCAACUGAUUACUACGACCACACCUACAUCAUCACCUUUUUCGUUACGUGUUUUAUCCUUCCUCUUGGUGUGAUCAUUAUCUCCUAUGGCAAACUUAUGCAGAAACUCAGAAAGGUGUCGAACACUCAUGGAAGGCUGGGUAAUGCGCGUAAGCCUGACCGAGAGGUGGCGAGGAUGGUCAUUGUAAUGAUAGUUGCGUUCAUGGUUGGAUGGACACCAUAUGCAGCAUUCUCAAUUACUGUCACAGCCUGUCCCACAAUUCAUAUUGAUCCUCGCCUGGGCUCAAUACCGGCCUUCUUCUCAAAGACUGCAGCUGUGUACAAUCCCAUCAUCUAUGUCUUCAUGAAUAAGCAGUUCAGGAAGUGCCUGAUCCAGAUGUUUAAAGGAAAUGUCACCAAUCUGGACUCCACCAAUCUGAACCAGACAUCAGACAAAGGGGCCAUCACUGCCACAGCAGAGAGUCACCUUGGAGAGAUGUCCACCAUUGCAGCUCGCGUGCCUAUGUCCAUGUGCAACAUGGAGAAGAGUGAGGAUGAAGGGGAAGAGUCAGAGCAAAGCGGGAAUGAAGGUCCAAAGCAGCUCCCUUUAUCGGAUAGUCGAGUGUGUCCUUUGUAGAGAAGGACUAGUCUGUCUGAAUAAAUGUAUACCUUUAAUCUUACCUGUUGUCUAACUAAAGCAUAAAUCCUACAGUUGUUACCUCUAUUGGAAUGCAUAUGUUAGAAUGUAUUGUUUGCGUUUUCACACGUUCCUUGUUUGUUGUUCGUAUUUCUUUAUGUUGUGGCGAUUUGCAGUCUUGGUGUACUGUGUACUUGUCGGUAUUGCGAUAUUACCUUACAUAAACAUGAAGGAGGCAGGCAAUACAUUUCCAUACUGUCCUCUGAAUGAACGCUAUUUGUUUUUCUGAUCGGUCUCCUCUCACUACGGUAUAUUUCUGAUUGCACACUAGUACCAGUGGGGAUGUUUUGUUUGUAUGUUUUAAUGGCAACUGAAAUGAAAGAACAUAGUAUUGCAAUAGCUUUCAGGUCAGAAUGCUGACUUUCAUUUUAUAUUCAUUAAUAGUCUACUUAAAAAAGAUAUUGGUUCAAAAACCAAAGGAGAAAGUGAUCCUUCGUUGUUGAGAUAAAUCGGGACUAUUAAACUAUCACUCAGCUUGUGAUAUUUGCUCCUCUCCCGGCUUCUUCUGGUUGGACCGCUGUUUUAAAACGGACAUUAAUGAGCUGCUCUGUAUAACAAAAUCUAAACCUGACCAAAGACGGUCAUUCUAGUGCAUGUUUACAUAGAAAAAAACAAAACAAUAAAAGCUCAUCUACACAUCUCAGAAUCUUACACAAACUGCUGUUUGAUAUAACAAUUAAUUUAGUGAACUAACGGGUCAAACAGGUUUGGCAGGGUAUCUGCUUUGCAAUAUAGUAAUAAACCAUGCAAUUAACAUCCUCAUCUGACAAUU